UUAAUCCAGGUAAUUUUCAUACCCCGUUCCAUUCCCUCGUCCACAAAAAAAUUCCCUUUUAUACGCUCGUUUUUCUCAAACCGCGCAUGCUUCGAAGAACCUGUGGAUUUACAUCUCGCGCGCCACUUUCGGCUGUUGAAAUUUCCUCAGUCGCGUCUUUGUUAACGUCCCGUCGAAAGUGAAAAAGAAAAUUGGCGCGUCUAUAUACCGCAGAAAAAUCGGAAAUUGGAAAAAGAGCCGUUGAAAAAAUUCGCUUAGGAAAAAUCACGGUUUGAUCUUAAAAUUUGGGGUGAAUAGGAUCCGAUGACCGUUCGAGAGACGCGGCGACAGGCCCGCAAAUGAGCCAAUCGAUCAUCCUCAACGCCUCGACUCUACCAUGAAGCGCCUAUCGCUAGAGCCAGCCGAAAAUCGGGAAAACGAAGUGGAAAGCCGGUAAACCGGAGGUAACGGCCUAUUAACGUCAACCCGCGUAUGAGGAUUUACCGCCCUUAUUGAGUUAAAUGUCGCCGAGGACGAACGUGGACAUGGACCCCGCCGCGGCCACGACCAGGCUUUUCCUGCUGCUCGUUUUCCUGACGCUCGUCGAGGGUACCGGAUGGAACCGAGAAGGUUCCAUAGAGAAAAUCGACGGAAAAUGCCCGGAAAGCUAUUUUCCCUGCGUAAACGACCCCCUGUGCGUCCAACAGAACAGCAACUGCGACGGCAAACCUGAUUGCCCUGAUAAAACUGACGAGGAUAACUGCUACGAUAACCCUCUGGACGAGUAUUUCGACAGCCUCGUCAGCAAGAGGUUGUCAGCUGUCCACGAUGACGACGAUAAGAACUGCACGCUGGCCUACAACGGCACCUGCGUCUGCGAGAGGAGAGACAUUUUCUGUCACCUGAGGAGGCUGAACGUGGUACCAGCCGAUAUACCAAACGGUGGAAUAGAAAUCUUAGACUUUACACACAACGAUUUCAACACCCUGUCGAGGAACGUGUUCAAGAGCCUGGCGAACAAAGACAUCGAAAAAUUGAGCUUCGUGCACUGCAACAUAAGGACGAUAGCCGAGAAGGCUUUCUACGAACUGACCAGGGUAAGACACCUGCAGAUCAACAACAACGACUUUGACGUGUUUCCCGAGGACGCCUUCCCCCAUCAGAACGAGAUCGUUUCGCUGUCGCUGACGUACAACAACCUAUCCAGGAUAGCGACGGAGGCGUUCGACCGUCUGAAACAAUUGGAAACGUUAGACCUCAGAGGUAACAGACUCAGGACAAUAGAACAUCGCCUGUUGUUACCGCUUCAGCGAUUGGAGAAGUUAUUUCUACAGCAGAACCUGAUCGAAGCUAUAUCGCCAGACACUUUUCCACCACUACCCCUCUCGAGUUUAUCCCUGGUGGAGAACAGGCUGCGUCUUCUGGAACCGAGGACGUUUUCAGCUCUGGCAGAACUCAGAUUCUUGUUCCUCUCCGGAAACCGUCUAACCCUGCUGAAGAGGGGAGUCUUCGCGAAUCUAACAAAUCUGGAAGUUCUGGCUCUCAACGACAACGCCAUCAAGAAGAUAGAGAUAGGCGUUUUCGAGGACACCCUAAACCUGAGUUCUCUCAAACUGGAACACAACAAAUUCAGAACGCUGGACAAGAGAGUGCUUCUACCCCUGAAGAAACUGCCAUACAUAUACUUCGACAGGUUCGAGCUGUGCAUGGCCGCGACGCACGUCAGGGUCUGCUACCCCAAGGGGGACGGUAUAUCUUCGCAGGAACACCUCUUGGACAACCCCGUACUGAGGGCCAGCGUGUGGGUGAUGGGAGGCAUAGGAUGCACCGGCAACGUCAUAGUCCUCCUCAGCAGGCUCAUAGUACCGACGAACAACGCGGUGCACUCCUUGUACCUCAGGAACCUGGCGCUCUCCGACCUCCUGAUGGGCAUCUACCUCUUCACCAUAGCCGGCGUGGAUCAUCACUACAGAGGUGUGUACCUCAGGUACGAGUUCGUAUGGAGGCACAGCCUCAUGUGCAACGUAUGCGGUUUCCUGAGCACCCUUUCCUGCGAGAGUUCGGUGCUAAUCCUAACCCUCGUGACCUGGGACAGGUUCGUGUCCGUGACGCAACCUUUGGCCAGAAGACAACCGUCGGCCAAGACUGCCGCCGUCACGCUGUUGGUGCUGUGGUCCUUUGCCUCCCUCGUGGCCUUCGCCCCGUUGAGCGAAAUGACCGAGGAGUACUUCGGGGACGAGUUUUACGGUAGCAACGGGGUGUGUUUGUCCCUUCACAUCCACGACCCUUACGCCAAGGGUUGGGAGUAUUCGGCCAUGAUGUUCAUCCUGGUGAACGCAGUGGCGCUGAUCUUCAUCAGCUACGCUUACAUGAGGAUGAUCAACGAGAUCAAGGCCAGCGGGGUGGCCUGCAGGUCAACCAGACAGUCCCAGGACAGCGAGAAGGUGGCGCAGAGAUUUGGCAUAAUCGUGUUGACGGAUUCCUUAUGCUGGGUACCGGUGAUCAUCGUCAAAAUGACGGCCUUGUCGGGUGUUGCCAUCCCUCAGGAUUUAUACGCGUGGUUGGCCAUCUUCAUCCUACCAAUCAACUCAGCCCUCAACCCCAUACUCUACACCCUCACCACGACGGUGUUCAAGAAACAGGUCCACAAGAUUGUCGAUUCUUUCCUGAGCAGCAGGAGGUUCGGGGAUCAGCACCAUUCAGCGACGGACUCCGGUCUCAGCCUGAGCCUCGGGGUGUUCCCGCUGCGUAACAGCACCAGGAGAUUCCUGACCUACAGGGAGACGCAGAGCAGUCUGACUCAGACCAAGGGGAGUUACAAGAAGAACCCGACGGCGGUUUGAGCUAAAGCGAUCUCGAGAUAAAGACGUGGAAAAUCAGGGUGUUUAGAUUUACGACACUUGUUACGAAAUUUUUAACUAGCCGUAAGGUAGAAAUGGGGAAAAAAACGUUUUAAAACAAAGCCUGUGAAUAUAGUGAGUAAUAAUAAAAAUUAGGAUAGAA